CCGCACUUCCUCUCCCACAGUCCACAUGAUAAUCUCAGUUGGUUGUGAAAAAAUCAGGAAGCAGGAUCGAAUCAGCCCAGCGCACCACCAGAUUACAUCAAGUUUCAAGCGAGCAUCAAUUAAAUGCCGAUCACGUUCAAUCCGACGGCGGUGGAUAUGGAAUGGUCCGGGGAUGGCGAGAACACUGAUUACAGCACCACAUCUUCACCUCCGAAUAACGCACGGAGAAAGGACAACUGUUACCAGCAUGAGCAUGAUUCGAUGUCUGAUGAGGAUGAUUACUCUGACGAAUUUUCUCUGCUGGAUAGUGAUGAUGAGAAGAAGACGAGUUCGCAAUCGAUGAUACAGAAUCAGAACGUGGAUUCGGCGCCCAGAGGAGUUGUUAAGAAGAUCUUCACUAAUAGCAGAGAACGUUGGAGGCAGCAGAACGUCAGCGGGGCUUUUGCUGAAUUGAGGAAGCUCGUACCAACGCAUCCGCCGGAUAAGAAGCUUUCCAAGAACGAAAUCCUCAGAAUGGCCAUAAGGUACAUCAGAUUGUUGUCGAACGUGUUGGAAUGGCAGCACAGACACGGACCAAGCGGGAUUCAGGUGAAAUGCGAAGAGGUUACCAUAAGACAAAGCGGUCAUCAGCAGAUCACGCAGAACCAGGCUUUAAGGAUGCGCGCAAGGAUCAGGAGGAAUUUCAUAUCUCAUCCGCUUUGCGAUCGAAACGGUAACAAUCUUUUGAUGAUCGCUCCGAACAAUCAUCUAUCAUUCAAGAGACAGAUCAUGUAUUUGGACAACGGCGGUGGAGGAGGAGGAGGAGGAGGAGGUCGUCCGAGGGUCAAAGUUGAGCAGAAGGACGACGACAAGGACGAUUGCUGCGACAAAGACAAACCGAAGGACGGUAAAUGACGCGGAGAACGGAAGUAGGUCAACGACUGUAAAACGUUUCCUAUUUUUUUUUGUUCUCUUGCCCUUACAAAAAAAAAACUCAAAAUCUUCUUGUAUAUAAAUUAAA